CAUUUCAAAUUAAUCAAUUUCCGUAUGAUUUCCGAGCAUUUUCCGAAUUUCUAGUUAUAAAAACGAUAUUAAUAUUGCAUACCAGUAGAAAAAGGAUACAUCUGAUUCUAAUUGAAUAACCUGGUUGCAAGAAAAAUAUAACAUCUUCUAGGAAGGUUGCAAGAUGUCUCAACUAAAAACAAAUAAAAAGUUCAAGUGGGCUCUCGACUACAAUCCAAAGUCUCGUGCGCCAUCUACUGAGCUGCCAUCGCCACCUGGAUUCAGUCUUUCAACCAGUGCAAAUUACACAGAAACUUCUAAGGAAAAUGACUCAAAUUUACUGCUCAUCAAAAAACUAUGGGAUGUGGCCUUGGGACCGCUGAAGCAAGUGCCAAUGAACUUGUUCAUCAUGUACAUGGCAGGAAAUUCUAUAUCAAUUUUUCCCAUUAUGAUGGUGGGUAUGCUGAUUGUUCGCCCGGUCAAAGCUCUGUUUGCAACUCAAAGUACUUUCAAAAUGGUAGAGGGAACUCAAGCAUUUGGUCAAAAGUUUGUCUAUUUUAUUGGAAACAUAGUGAAUAUUCUAUUGGCACUCUAUAAAUGUCAGAGCAUGGGCCUGCUCCCCACACAUUCCAGCGACUGGUUAGCGUUUGAAGAGCCGCAAACAAGAGUCGAGCAUUUUGGAGGUGGAAUAUCACUAUUAUAAACUUAAAAUACAUACUAUGUGUCAUUUGUAUUUAUUACUUUAACCAAAUAAAUAAAUAUUAUAUACAGAACAAUAUUAGUUAAA